GCUGCUUCUUCAACGAAGCCCUAAAACUCUGUCUCAAACCCUCGAUAAGGAUUACUCUCCUCCAUACUCUAAAACCCUGAAUCAGGAAAAUUCACUCUUUUUAAAAACCGUUGCGAAUCUCCAACACAUCCUCCACGAUCAAUUUUGAGUGUUGGUUGGCUGAAGUCUUCAGUUUUUUGUUCGGAUUAGAUGAAAUUCGGGAAGCAGAAACGUCACCGGAGGGCCGUGAGAUUCUACACUACCUGCUUUGGCUUUAGACAGCCAUUUAAGGUGCUCUGCGAUGGCACUUUCAUUUUCAAUCUCGUUCAAUAUGGUGUUGCGCCUGCCGACGAGGCCAUCUCCGAUGCCCUUGGAGGACCUGUGAAGCUAUUCACGACCAGAUGUAUCAUUGCAGAGCUGGAGAGACUGCUUAUCAAAAAAAAGAAAAAGAAAAAGAAAGAGCCGGAGACUGUGGGUGACUCUUACUCUAUUACUCUGGAGGAGAAAAAGAAAAAGAAAGAGCUGGAGAGACUGGGUGACCCUUACUCUAGUACUCUGGAGGCGGCUCAAAUGCUUGCAAUCGCAAGAUGUGAUCAUGAGAAGCAGACGAGCGGAGCAACUUGCGUCAGAGAGAUUAUUGGAAAGAAUAAUCCUGAGCACUUCUUUCUUGCUACCAAUGACCCUGAUCUCAGAGAGGAGUUUCGAAAGGUACCAGGUGUCCCUCGUAUGUUCUGUUUGAGAAACAGCCUCUUCCUUGAGAAGCUAUCUGGGUUUGAGCUCCAGUUUGUCAAGAAUUCUGAAGAAGAACGCUUACAUAUGGCUGAGUCCGACCUUAAUAUGUUAAAGAAAAGGGGUGUUAACACAUCAGUAACUAAGGAAAGAAAGGAUUCGUCUGACGAAGAUGAAGGUUUAGUGGAUGAGAAAUCCAAAAUGCACGAUAUUAAAGGGAGACAAGCUGAAAGAAAGGGAAUGAAUGUUAAGGAAAAAGUACAGUUUAAGAGGAAGAAAGCCAAGGGUCCGAAUCCGUUAUCUUGUAAGAAGAAAAAGAGUCAUGGAACCCCAAAUCCUGUAUCAGAAAAGAAAAGUAAAGUUGGUGAAAAUACCGCGAGUAGAAGUCGAAAACGGAAGAGGUCAAGCAAAGGCAACAAGCGUGUGGAAGCAAAUGGUUAAUUAGCAUUCAGUUGCGGUUGGAGUUUGAAAGUUUUGUACGCAGGGCAGGGUGCCUGGACAAUCAUUUCUUACAGUUAGUUAUUCGCAGCAGCCUUAUUCUUUAUAUUUCAUGCCAUGGUUUCUUGAUUCAUGCUUGUGUGAACAAAGCUAACCUAUGCAAGUUUGGCAAGGCAACGGUUUCAAGGCAAGUCAAGUGACCUGCAUUUAUGUUUUAUUAAGGAGAGGAGAGAUGCCAAAUUAUUUAUAUUGGUUAAUUUAAAAUACUUUUUUUUUCUUGUUUUC